AUGUUGAAUGGCAGCAUUCCUACGCAGUUAUGUCAACUCAAGUCCCUCAAAAUUUUGGACCUUUCUAGAAACAAAUUACAUGGCUCGAUACCUCGAUGCAUAGAAAACCUUGAAGGGAUGAUAUUAAAACAACCAGUUUCCAUGCAAUCAUCCAAGUUUAUAGCAGAGGCUCCUCCUCAUAUAUGGUCAAAUGAGUUUCUUACAAACGAAGAUUCCGCACCCUCUCCUAUGGGUGAUGGUUGGUCUGAUCAAGGACUGCAUGGCUUGAACUUGUCUGAAAAUCAAUUGGAAGGAGAAAUUCCUCAAUUGAUAGGAAACAUGAAAUCAUUAGAAUCAUUGGACAUAUCUCAUAACCAACUUUCCGGCAAAAUUCCCAAUACCAUGUCUGCUAUAACUUCAUUGAGUUUUUUAAACCUAUCUCACAAUAAUUUUUCCGGACCAUUUCCUAAAGAUAAUCAGUUUUCAACUUUUAAUGACCCGCCUAAUUAUGCUUACAACCCAUAA